AUGCAGAACCCGUUCUCCCCCGGCCAGCAGACGACGUCGCACUUUGGCAGCCACGAUUCCACAUCGGCCUCGCGGCCCACGACGCGCGAUGGCUCCGCCGUCUCCGCCGCGCUCGGCCUGCUCAGCAGCAGCCUGUCCUCCAAGGACCGCAAGACAUCCUUCUCGCGCAAGGCGUCGCUGUCGGGCGCCUCCUCCCGGCGUCGCAGCAGCGUCUCCACGGUCGGCGCCGGCGGUGGCGCCGGCGCGGACACGGUCAUGACGGACGACUCGGCGCCGCCCGCGCUGCCCGACUACGCGCUCGCCGCGGCGGUCAAGAUCGCGCCGCGCGGCGAGGGGGGAGCUGCCUUUGUCCGCAGUCCGAUCAGCCCGGACGGCGUGCCCGCCUCGGCCAUCAGCCGCUCCGCAUCCAGCACGGCGUUCAUGAUGCCGCCGCAGACGCCGUCCACGGCCACGGGCGUCAGCCCGACCCAGUGGCGGCAGAGCGAGGUCGCCAUGAUGCACCAGCAGAUCGUCGAGGCGGCCCAGAAGCGGAUGUCCACGCUAAGUUAUCUUCGCAAGGCUCACGAAGGCCGCGUCUACUGGUUCAACACGUACCUGUUCGAAAAGUCCGACCUCAGCCGCAUGCCCGCUUACGACCCGCGCAAACUCGCCCGCAAGGCCACCAACAUCCUCCUCCUCGGCGUCUCGAUACCCACCAUCAACGACCUCUACUCCUCCACGCCCGUCGAGUUCCUGCGCUGCCUCAACAGCCUCUUCUCCGAGUUCGACUCCUUCCAGCAGCUGCACGGCGACUCCUCCUCGUCCCUGUCCCGCGCCCGGCUGCCUAACAUGUUCCGUCGGCCCGGCGGCAAGUCGCGCCGCUCCACCUCGUCAGCCGCCGACGCCGCCUCACUCGUCGAAGACUAUGGUGGUGGUAUCGGCGGCGGCGGGAACGGCAUUGGCGGCGGCGGCGGCGGCGGACUGCCUGGAGCGGGCACCGGCGGCAGCGGCCCGGCGGUGAUGAACUUUGCCGCGGCCGAGUCGGACCUGCUCCCCGGCGAGGAGUACACGUACCUGCUGACGCCGUCGCUGCCGUUCGACCCGGACUUCUUCGAGACGUUCGCGACGCUCUGCGACGUGCUGAUCGACUCGUACAGCCGGUUCCUGGCGCUGAUGCCGACGCCGCGCGAGUGCUCCGCGCCCGUGGCCGAGCUGUUCGCAAAGGCCGACGCCAAGGUGCGCAAGCUCAUCGUGCAGAACAUGGUCAAAGACUUUGAGGAGCACAGCAAGGCGCACAUCAAGUCCGAGGUGGCCAACAUUGGCAAGGUCGUCUUAAGCGGGCUUAUGUGA